UUUGGUACAGAGGGUAGCACCCCUGGCCAUGCAGACUACAGUACUACCCAUCACUGAUGGAACGUAUAAUAUUGUAUUUUACAGUAGUAAAUGUGGAAGUUAUGCGUAAUUUCUUUAUUAAAUUUGCAAUAAUCAUUGGCUGUAAUUGAAAAUGGUUAGUUUGCUAGUUUCAAGUUUUCGAAGCCUGUCUACAUUUCAAUCUUAUGAUGCAAGAAAAGAACGACGUGUGUUGUGAACUCAAAAAGAAUAGUCAAAUUGUGGAAAAACUUGAAUUUUAAAUGGAGAGUUCAAAUGAAGAAAAGCAAACUGAGUCCGAUGAAUAUGAUGAUAAAAAUAGACAUAAUGAACAAUUUGGUAUUGAAUUAUUUGACAAUUCACAAACCAAUUUUGAAAAGGAAAAUUCGAAAAUUAUAAAACAUAGUGCAGCAGUUAAUUCUACAACAAUGAUUGUGGAAGAUGUUCAAGAGGUUUUUCAAGAUGAUGAGGGAGAUGAAGAAAGGUGUUCAGAUGAAGAUGAUAUGCAUAAUAUUGAAAGCAAGGUUGAAGAAUCAUCCGCCUCUACUACAAAUUCUUCUGAUGAAGAUUCAGAAACAAGUUCCAAUGAUAAAACUGAUCCAAAAAAUAAAACUCCGGAAGUAUUACAAACCUCUGAAAAAUUGAAGAAUGAUGUUGAGAGUAACACAAAAAAUGACGACACAACAGACGACAGUGACAUUGAAGAUGAUUUAGUAUCUGCAAUUAAUUAUAACACUAUCACUUCCUUGACUGCAUUGAAAGAUAUGCUUCAGUCAUCAGGUGAAGAUUCUGAUGGAGUCGAUAGUUUUUUUCACCAUUACUUUUUAUCUCACGUUAAUCGUCUCCCAUCUAGAAAUCAAACACACAGUCCGUAUCCAUGGGGGAGGAGAUUAUCGGAAUGUCGAGAGGAGGAUGAAUAUGAAACAGAAGAAGGAAAAAAUGCAGAAUGUCCGGAAGGAAAGGAUAUAAAUUUAAAACAGAGCAAGAAAGAAUUAUUGAGUUCUCAAGAAUCGCAGGAUCAUACAUCGGAAAGUAUUCCUUCUAAAACAACGAGUCCUUUAUCUUCAGAAAAUUCCAGUUCCGAAAAAAUUGAUCAAAAAUCGAAUCAAACAACAUCGAGUACAUCGGAACCAAAAACGUUGCCUACUACUUCAAGAUUCACAACAUCAACAGUGACUUCACCAACAGCUACUAAGCCUCCAUUACGUCGAAGACACACCACUGGACCAGGAAUGACGUUUCCUGCAACCGAUCCUCCCACAUACUCCAACAGUAUGACAUUCUUAAAAACAAGCCCAUUGCCAAGUCCUCACCUUGACAAGCGCUUUUUUGAUUCAAGUUUAAUUGAGAUGAAAAGUCAAGCUAGCAGUUCUAGUACUCUUGACUAUGAUUCGACGGAAGAAGUUUGGGUUCGCAGAAUUGACUUGGGUCAAGACAAGAGACGAAAGGAACUUGGUUCUCAACCUUUGCCAACGAUUGUAACUGAGGAUGCUGAUAAUACUUAUCAAUUUUCUCAAGAUCAGAAUCAUAGACCACGAGCUGGAACUUGGAGUUCUCAUUCACGAAAUAUUAGAAAACCAUCCUCGGGCAGUGCUCCUAAUUCAGGAAAAUCAACACCUUUGCCACAACAAUUAGAAUCCACAUCAAAUUCUGUAAAUUCUAAUAAAGGAUCAAAAAAAUUUACUGGAACACGUUCCGGAUAUCGUAGUAAUAGCGCAGAACGUAGAAAAAGUGGAAGUGAUGAAACUGCUAGUCCCACACGCAAAUCUGCACUUUUUGAUGCUUUUCGACCAAGAAGUAAAUCAGAUGCUAGUAAAACUAGAAAACCCAGUAUUAUAGCAAAUAUGAAAAACGUUAUGCAGCAUUCACUAUAUAGGAAUGCACUUGGAAGUUCAUCUGUAGAUAUCAAUACUGAUCAUAAGGAAAAUAAAGACCACAAUUCAAGACCUAGAGCUGGAUCUGAAAGCAGCAGAAACCCUGUUAGUAAAGUCAUGGACCUCAUUAGGCAUCGUAGUCAUAGUGCUCUUAGUUCAGAUGAUAAAAGGAAAGCAAGAACAGCAGCUCAACAUCAGUCACAUUUAACAAGUCAUAGUGCCCUAAGGAGAAGCUCUUUGGAUCCAGGAACAAGGAGAUUAUCUCUUGGAACUCCCGUAGCUCCUCAUAGAGCUGCUGAUGCUUGUUUGGAUCCAGUCCAUGCUGCUAUACUCUUUAGGGAUGCUCGUGGAUUGCCAGUGGUUGAUCCUUUUCUAGAAAAAGUCUCUCUUUCUGAUCUUGAAGAAGAUGAAACACAAAUUUUUGUCAAGUUUUUCAAGUUUCACAAAUGUUACGAUCUUAUCCCAACUAGUGCAAAGCUCGUUGUCUUCGACACACAUCUACUUGUUAAGAAAGCUUUUUUCGCUCUUGUUUAUAAUGGUGUAAGAGCAGCACCUUUGUGGGACAGUUCUCGACAACAAUUUGUAGGAAUGUUAACUAUAACGGACUUUAUAAAAAUUCUUCAAAUGUAUUAUACUAGUCCAUCAGUUACAAUGGACGAAUUGGAAGAGCAUGAACUUGAUACAUGGCGAAAAGUAUUAAAGGAUCAAGUACAUCCAUUAGUUAGUAUAGGCCCUGAUGCUUCACUUUAUGAAGCUAUUAAAACAUUAAUACAAAACAGAAUUCACCGUUUGCCUGUGAUAGAUCCUGAUACUGGAAAUGUUUUGUACAUUUUAACUCAUAAGAGAAUUUUAAGAUUUCUUUUUCUUUAUAUUAAUGAAUUGCCUAAACCAUGUUUUGUGAAUAAAACUUUGAAAGAAUUGAGAAUUGGUACGUUUGACAAUAUUGAAACGGCAACUGAAGAAACUAGUAUAAUUUUGGCUUUAAAAAAAUUUGUUGAAAGGCGAGUCUCUGCUUUGCCAAUCAUAGACACUGAAGGAAAAUUAGUUAAUAUUUAUUCAAAAUUCGAUGUUAUUAAUUUAGCAGCAGAGAAGACGUACAAUAAUUUGGAUGUUUCACUUCGCGAAGCAAAUGAGCACAGGAAUGAGUGGUUUGAAGGUGUUCAAAGCUGUAAAUUAGAUGAAACUUUAUUCACUGUUAUGGAAAAAAUUGUGAGAGCAGAAGUUCAUAGGUUGGUUGUAGUCGAUGACGAUGAUAAAGUGAUUGGCAUAAUAUCUUUGUCGGAUUUGCUUUUUCACCUUGUUCUCAGACCCUGCGGGGAAGAAAAUGGCAGUAGUAAAGGCAGUAAUAUAUCCUUGCGUGCACAAGAUUCAGUAACACCAAAGGGUUCUAGCUGUGCCCAUUCAGAGUCGUCUCUUGAUGAUGUUCAAAUAGAAACAGGUCAUGAUACUCUUGUCAGUCAAUCUCAAGAAUCAUCAUGGCGUGAAGUUACUGUUUCAGAAGGCGAAUGAACCAAAGUUGGUUUUUGUAGGUUUAUCUGCUUGUUCCUUUCCCAGCGAUCCAAAUUAUUAUGCGCAAUAAUAUAUUUCUUCCGAGAAUUUUGUCACUUUGUAUUCUCAAAUUUUAAAGCUUUAAAUCUACAAUUGUUUUAGUUAAAAUUAAAAAGAACAUACAAAGAAAAAUAUAGUGAAUCUAUUUGUUUUUAUAA